UUCAGCUUCACAAAGGGCUGCUUUGAUUUGGUGCGUCCUCGUUGAAGGCACCGGUUCCAGGUGCUGAGUACACGUUUCCUUUUGAAAUCCCUCUUGAGGUGUUUUGCCAGGAGAAUCCCGGUUUGUUUGCGUUGGCAAAUGCUGACAGAGAAAUUUAGAACCUGUGGUCGAACUGGUGCUAUGAAAUUUCUGUUGGUUUUUGAUUUUGACCAUACAAUCAUAGAUGAAAAUAGUGAUACCUGGAUUGUGAAAUGUGCUCCAGAGAGAAAACUUCCUAAUGGAUUAAGAAACUCCUACCAACCAGGACACUGGACAGAAUAUAUGGGCAGAGUCUUUGCCUACUUGGGAGACAAUGGUGUCAAAGAAGAUGAAAUGAAAAGAACUAUGACAACAAUUCCUUUCACUGCAGGAAUGGUAGAUCUUCUGGGGUUUAUUGGCAAGAACAAAGAGUUGUUUGAUUGCAUUAUUGUUUCAGAUUCUAAUACAGUAUUUAUUGACUGGAUUUUGAAAGCUGCUGACUUCCAUGAGGUUUUUGAUGAAGUGUUUACAAACCCUGCAGCAUUCAGCAGUACUGGCUAUCUUACUGUACAGAACUUCCAUGCUCACCGUUGUGCAAAGUGCCCAAAAAACCUUUGCAAAAGGAAAGUUUUAAAAGAAUUUCUAGAUAAACAGUUGGAGCGAGGAGUUAGUUAUACACAAAUUAUGUAUAUUGGUGAUGGUGGGAAUGACUUAUGUCCAGUAAUGUUUUUGAAGAAGAAUGAUGUUGCUAUGCCCAGGCAGGGGUAUACCUUGGAGAAAAAGAUUUCUCAACUGGCUCAAGAUCUCAGUCCUGUACAGUGUUCUGUUCUGGUUUGGUCAUCUGCUACUGACAUUAUGUCUUACCUGAAACUCCUUAUAAAGGAAUAAUUCAAAUGAUAAAAGUAAACUGAUAUAUUAACUUCCUGGGAGAGAAAAACUGCAUGUAUAUAGAAGCACAAAAUUGGAAAUUUGGGCUAAUAUCUGAAUUGACUUUUUUUAAACACAGUAUAAAGCUGUUUAUGUUCAAUCUUGGCAAUAUUAGGAAAGUGAAGUAAAAAAGGCCUUCUAACAUAGUACACAUUCCAAUCUAAGUGGAGGAGGGGGAUUUCAAGAGGACUUGUCAUUAUUCUUAGUCUACUCCCUCCCCACCAAGCCUUUACCAACUAUAUAACUGACCUUUGCUGUCCCACACACUUGGGGGAAGGAGUAGGAUUAGUGCAAAAAAGAAUUACAUUCUUUACUUAAAAAACAUUAGGUGACAGAAGCAUGGUUCUGGAACUGUUGGCUUUUAUACUUCUCUGAUCUGAUUGUAAAUUAUUUGGUAUGCUUGUGAUCUUGUUUCAUCUGAAGAUGCAUCUAUAUUUUCAAUCUACUAAAUAUUUUACCAAACAAAAUGACUUUUUAAUAGUUUGUAUUAUCUUGUAUUGUACAGACAAUAAAAGUUGCUGUCACUGA